AUGCAGCUUGUCUUCACUCCGACCUACGAAGCUCCAGUCAAGCGCUCUCUAAGCAAUCUCGGCAUCUGGCUAAUCAAUGGUACCCUUCUCGACACGUUCGCCCGUCUGGGAACAAUCGUUGCCAAUCACCAACUCCAGUUUGACGCUUUCAGCCAAUCCGGUGCCAUCUACACCGCUGGUUUCUCGGCCUGCGGUCCUACCAAUGCUCGAGUCCUCGCUCUCGGUGGCAACACGACUUUCUGGGGCUGCACGAGCGGUGGGUUCGCAAAUAUCUACGACGAGAAUGUCGCACCACAGUGCGUCGCAGCGGAGAUUCGCCUGGUU